AUGAUUUUCUCAUUUGCACAUGAGUUUAAAGAGAUCAGGUUAACUGAGGGCUGUGAAGGGAAUCUGGAGGUUUUCUACAAUGGAUCCUGGGGUAAUGUGUGCUGGAACCAGAUGGACAGAGACACAGUGAGUCUGAUCUGUCAAGAGCUGAACUGUGGAAGAUCUGGUGUUUUGUCUGAUUCUACAGCAAGAGUGAAAUCAGCUCCUAACUGGCUGGAUAAAGUUACAUGUCGACCAUAUGAUUUAACUUUAUGGCAAUGUCCAUCUUCACCUUGGGGACAGAAUUACUGUGGUGAAGAUGAAGUGGCCAAAAUCACCUGUUCAGAGGAGGAAACUAGUGAUUCACCUCAGAGUCGUCAGACAUGUUUUACCUCACCGUCUCCUUACCAGAGACAGUGUGCAAAUCAUCUUCCUCUCAGACUGACUGAAACGGACGGCCGGUGCUCUGGGAGGCUGGAGGUGUAUCAUAACGCUGUGUGGGGCUCAGUCUGUGAUGAUCACUGGGACAUCAGCGAUGCUCAGGUGGUCUGCAGGCAGCUGGGUUGUGGAGCAGCACUGAGGGCUGAUGGGAAUUCAGUCUUUGGUGCUGGUGAAGGUGUUGUGUGGAUGAACAAAGUAGAGUGCAGAGGGAAUGAGAUUCACCUGUGGGACUGUCCUCUCUCCCUGAAUAACAACACUGACUGUUUCCGCAAGAAGCACGCUGGACUCACCUGUGCAGACUUGCCAGAUGUGUCAGUGUCCACUACUCCUGUCACAACAUCAUCAGCUUCUCCUCCAGUUUCUCCUUCAGUGCGCUCAACAUCAGUCGCUCCUCCACAAACUCCUCCACCAGAGUCUCUCCCAGUGCUUGUGAUUGUUCUGGGAGUUGUGCUCUUACUGCUCUUAGUGCCACUGCUUAUACUGAUUCAGCAGAACAGAGUGAUGAGGAGAGCUCUCUCUAAGAGGAGACACAGGAUGAAGACUGAGGCCAUUUAUGAGGAGAUUCAGCACAGACACAAUCACUUCACUCAGAGGGGGAGUCUCAUCUCUGAAGAACGGCAUUCUGGGUAUGAAGAUGCUGAUGAGCUUCUCUCAGAAGAGAUGAAUCAAAUCACACCGGGAUACUAUGAUGAUGUCAUCACUGAUGGACUCAAAACAGAUCGUGAGACAGUGGACACACUAGAUCGUUAUGAUGAUGUCAUCAUUAUUGGACAGAACUUUCAAGGUGUAACUAAGGGAGAUCAGGAGGAGUAUGAUGAUGUGAAGAACAGCAAUGAAGAUGAGAAAAACCUGUUAGACUAUGAUAAUGUGGGGGAGGUGUCAAAUAAAGAAGGAGGGGCCAUAUGACUCAAUGGCCACACCCUCUGCCUCUGUUUAUGAAAUUAUAUUACAGUUACUGGAGCUGCUGGGAGCUUCUCAUAUUGCUACUAAUGCAUCAGUGCCUUAUGUUUUUGUUAUUUUAAAUAUUUUUGUAUGAAAAGUAAGAUGCUUUGCAAAA